UACUAUGAAGAUGGCCGUGGCCGUAAAAAAUAUUGAACACGUCCACGUGGGGUGGGUGGGUAUUCGUGAUAUAAAUCCGUGAAUUCGUGAUAUAAAUGAAGUUAACCUCAAAAUCAAGAUAGAAUAUUAUAAAAACAUUCUAUUUUAUUGUCUAAAUCAAUCAUGUUUUUAAUAUUUUAAACUGUAUUGUAAGCAUCCGUAUUCCGUUGAGACAAAGCUUCUAGUUUAGUGUUAGUCCAUAGGAACCUGAGCAAAUAUGACCCGUUUUGCUAGAGCCAGAGGAUCGAAAGCAUCCAAUGAACGAGUUCCAGAAGCAGCGACACCGUGGUCGGUCAUGAAGCAGCAGUUCCUCAGUCAGAGACGUGACAAUUUCUCACUUGAAGGGAAAUCAUCGAGUUGUGAAAGGGUAACAGCGACAGCUGGAAAUGACUGGACUGGCAAUGAUAAGCAAGGUGAUACAGUAUGGGAGGAUUUCGGUGCAGUUACAAGUAAGAAUACCAAUAAUAACAAUGCUUUAAGAAAGGUUUCAAAAAGUUCCAAAGGAUUGAAAAAAAUGAAGAAGGCGAAGGAUGUGUCAGCUAUUAUUGAUGUUAGUGAUGAUGUAGCUGCAACGGCCAUCUCAUCCCCACAGAUUAGAGACCAUUCAGGAAAGAAGAAACAGAAAAAUGAGAAGAAGGUUACAGUAACACAAUUAGAGAAAACUAAGACCAAGUUCUCUGGUAAUGGCCAAAAGAGUAAUUUCGAACCUUCACCAUCUAUUAAUAGUAAAAAGAGUAAUUUCGAACCUUCACCAUCUAUUAAUAGUAAAAAGAGUAAUUUUAAACCAGUACAAAGCAGCAACUCUUCUGGUGAUGGUCGAAAGGAUUAUUUCAUACCGUUUCAAAGCAGCGAUUCCUCUGGUAAUGAUCGGAAGGAUUAUUUUGUACCUUUUAAAGGCAAUAAUUGUUCAGGUAACGGUCGAAGGAAUAAUUUCGAUGACUAUCCAGACACAAUUAUGAUUGGUGGGAAUAUAGUGGAAAUCGGCGCGUUCCAGGGAUUUCCCGUAAAAAAGGAAGAUGAAAUCAGGUUGAAGAAGCUGAGAAAAGACCUACAAGCAAAGGGAAUCCCGCGCAAAGAGAUUGAGUUUGUGUUGAAGGGUGAACGGCGGAGAGCUGAAAAAGCGUUGGCGAGAGAGAAAAAGCUGGCGUGUUUCAACUGUCGUAAGUUCGGGCACAAUGUGGCUGAUUGUCCUGAACUCGGUGACCAAACUGAAGUGGGCAAAGUGUGCUUCAAGUGCGGCUCAACAGAACACAAGUACAGUGAGUGUCGGGUGGUGCCUGAGAAGGACGCGUUCCGGUUCGCCGAGUGUUUCAUUUGCAAAGAGCAGGGUCACAUCUCGCGCCAGUGCCCCGACAACCCCAGGGGACUCUACCCCAAAGGCGGCGCCUGCAAGGUGUGUGGCAGUGUCACCCAUCUCAAGAAAGACUGUCCCGAUCUGGUGAUCGGCAAGGAGCAGAAUGCAGUCACUGUGGCUACUUUCGAUCAAUCUUCUGUGCUCGAAGCUCUGGACGAACAAGUUGCUAAUAAUUCGUCAGUAGGAAAGAUGCCUCUACAAAAAAAGAGAAAAAUCGUUAAAUUCUAAAAUAUAUUUUAUGAUUUAUGAUACUGUAUUUAAUUAGGUUGAAUAUGCGCUAUUUGUUGGAGGAUAAAAAUGAAAUACGAUUAAAAUGUAAAAAUUACCACAAAUGUAUCAAAAUUAUUUUCGGUAAAACAUUUGUCUAUGUAACUUGUCUUAUCGGUAGGACUUCCAUUACAACAUAUUCGUGCAAAAACGAUAAUAUGUCAAUUGUUUAUGUCUGUUGGAAAAAUUAUGAUAGGUAAUUCUAUUCUUGAUAACCUAGUUCUAUUGCGAAAUUUUGUUGUCGAACUGAUUGCGUAGUUUCUCAAGAGCCAUCAAGAUACAAUUAUCGUAUUUUUUAAUAAUGCGAUCAACAUACUUGACCUAAAUUUUUUUCUCAUCUUCCACAUAAAAAAUUGGGGAAUGGCCAAAUUUACUUAUUUUUAUCUUUUACUCAUUGUCGUUUGUGCUAGUUCCAAAUUUUAGCAAGCUUUCUACCUUGACCCAGUUUUUAUCAUGUAAAAUUGAGCAUCAAAGGCGAUUUCCCGUGUGAAAACGAAUUUUACAGACUUCUUUACUUCAAACUCAUUUUUUUCUCACCUUACUUUCUAGGUUCGAAAACUUCAAACUUUAUUUUAGAGGCCAGUGAACUUCUUAUCUAUAAUCUAAUAAAGGAAAGAAUCUGCUUAUACAAUAAUAAUAAUUAUUAUUACAUGUAAGGAAUUAUUAUAAAUAAUCUUUAUAAGUACAAUCAAAUCGUUUUUCUAUUGUAAAUUAUUACAGUUGUUAAUAUUUUCAAUAUCAGCAUGGAACUAUAAAACUAAAUCUAAAAAUAAAAAUAAUAAUUAUUUACUAAAUCUAACCUAUUUGUGCUUGCAGAGCACAGGUUACCUUCUAGUUUUUAAUAAGUUUGGAUAUUUUGCAUGAAUAUAGACUUCCGUAAUGCUUAUGGUGCUACUGUUCUCUUCGUGCAUUAAUCUAUAAUAAUAUCCAGUUGUAAAGACGAAAAACACUCUGGGUUAUUUUCUCGUUACACCUCGUUCAAAGUGGAAAAUUGUAGAGUUGGUUUAAGAAUGACUAUAUUAGGUUUAUUCAACUCAAUAAAGCUUAACAUCUUUUAGUUGACGAGGAAAUCUAUUAUAUAAUAUUUUUUCAUAAAUCAUUUCUGUCGAUUAAUUAUGUUGUGCAGUCUGGAUAAUAAUAUUGUUUGUUAUUUUGAUGAAGAUCAAUUCUUGUGAAUGAAAGAUGGACAUUCAUAGGUUUAUUAUUCCACUUUUUUCAGUUUUAGUGAUGUAAUUUUUAAAUAAAUUAUAAUUCUUGCAUUUAAAGUUAGACCUUCUUUCGCUUUUCAAUAAUUUGAAAAUAUCCUAAACUUACAGCGUUAUCACUCUGUUUUUAGAAAAAAUCUACUACUAAUAGAGACUUGAGCUGAAUAUUUCCAUUGAAUACGAGGAAUAAAGAAUCUUAUAUGAACAACAAAAAUAUAAUAAAACUUUCUAUCUCUUAA